GCGCGGACAGACUGUGCGCGGCGGCCCGCGGUGCUCCGGCGGCGGCAGCGCUCCGGCCGCCGGGAGGGGGAGGAGGCGUCAGGCUCCGGCGACGCUUUGCCGGUAACGAGGAGGAGCGGAGCGGUUAGCGAGGAGGAGGGAGGAAGGAAGCAGCGGCGCUCAGUCGGCCCCGCAGCGCUGCCGCCGCCGCCGCCGCCACUUCCCCGCUGGGCGCUAAGCCUGCCCGGGAACCCGAUCCUCUCCCGGAAACUCUCGGUUCGCCUCUCGCCGCUGCGGCGGGGUGUCGGCAGGGCUCUCCGCCCCAGCUCAGCGGCCGAGGUGGAAGCGGGGGGACGGUAAGAGGUAACUUCUCGCACUUCUCCGGAGAAGACCCGGCGCUGCCCCGCGUCCGGGGGGGCGGCGGCGGCAGCGCCUGUGUUCCCCGCCGCCCGCUGCGGCGGCAGAACUUUUCCCCUCCGAGCGCGGAGCGGCGAGUGGGGCCCGGGAGCGCCGGCCGCGGCGGGAGGAGCGCGGCGGCGGGGCCGGCCGGGCGGCGGCGGCGAUGAAGCUGAGCCGGCAGUUCACGGUCUUCGGCAGCGCGGUCUUCUGCGUGGUGAUCUUCUCCCUCUACCUGAUGCUGGACCGCGGCCACUUCGACCACCCGAAGAGCCCGCGGCGGGAGGGCACCUUCCCCAAGGGCCAACUUUCAAUGUUGCAAGAAAAAAUAGAUCACUUAGAACGCCUGUUGGCAGAAAAUAAUGAGAUUAUUUCAAACAUAAGAGAUUCUGUGAUCAAUCUGAGUGAAUCAGUAAAGGAUGGUCAAAAAAAUGCAGAGGCUAUAAACUUCAGUCAAGGAUCUGUCUCCGAGCUCUUUCCUUCUGCUUCAGUUUUGCUUUCAGUUGACUCUGAGGAUUGUUUGUUUGCUUCAAAAAGUGGAAGUCACAGUUCAAGUGUACAGAUGUUGGAUGUCUAUGACAUUCUUCCUUUUGAUAAUCCAGAUGGUGGCGUGUGGAAACAAGGAUUUGAUAUCACAUACAAUGAAAAUGAAUGGGACAAUGAACCACUUCAAGUUUUUGUUGUGCCUCACUCACAUAAUGACCCAGGUUGGCUGAAGACUUUUGAUGAUUACUUCAGAGAUCAGACGCAGCAUAUCUUAAGUAAUAUGGUUAUAAAACUGCAAGAAGACAAUCGAAGGAAAUUUAUGUGGUCUGAGAUUUCUUACUUUUCAAAAUGGUGGGAUGGAAUAGAUAGCCAAAAAAAGGAUGCUGUUAAAAGGUUGAUAAAAGAUGGACAAUUUGAAAUAGUAACAGGAGGAUGGGUCAUGCCUGAUGAAGCCUCUCCUCAUUAUUUUGCUUUAAUUGACCAACUGAUAGAAGGACAUCAAUGGCUAGAAAAGAACCUCGGAGUAAAACCAAAGUCUGGUUGGGCAAUUGAUCCUUUUGGGCAUUCACCAACAAUGGCCUACCUUCUAAAACGCACAGGAUUUUCCAAUAUGCUUAUACAGAGAGUUCAUUACUCAGUUAAAAAACAUUUUGCAAUGCAGAAGACACUAGAAUUUUUUUGGAGACAGAACUGGGAUUUGGGAUCCAGUACAGAUAUCCUUUGUCAUAUGAUGCCUUUCUAUAGCUAUGAUGUUCCUCAUACUUGUGGUCCAGAUCCGAAAAUCUGCUGCCAGUUUGAUUUCAAACGUCUUCCUGGAGGACGAGUAAGCUGUCCGUGGAGAGUUCCACCAGAAGCCAUUCAUGCUGGAAAUGUUCAGCACAGGGCUUGGAUGAUUUUAGAUCAAUACAGGAAGAAGUCAAAGCUUUUCCGUACUAAAGUUCUGUUGGCUCCACUAGGGGAUGAUUUCCGCUAUGCUGAGAGCUCAGAAUGGGAUCAACAGUACCAGAAUUAUCAGAAGCUGUUUGAUUAUAUGAAUUCUCAUCCUGAGUGGCAUGUUAAGGCCCAGUUUGGAACCUUAUCAGAUUACUUUGAAGCUCUGCGCAAAGAAAGCAAUUUGGGUGAAAAGAGCAGCAAUUCAUUUUUCCCUGUUUUAAGUGGAGACUUCUUCACCUAUGCAGACAGAGAUCAUCAUUACUGGAGUGGAUAUUUUACAUCGCGACCCUUCUAUAAACGACUGGAUAGAGUUCUGGAAUCCUACUUACGAGCAGCUGAAAUCCUCUACUCCUUGGCUUUGGUACAGUCCAGCAAAUCUGAGAAAAUGGGUCUAUUUCCUUCAGUGGAUAACUAUAAAUUGCUGACAGAAGCUAGGAGGAACCUUGGACUCUUUCAGCAUCAUGAUGCUAUUACAGGAACGUCUAAAGAUUGGGUAGUUGUGGAUUAUGGCACUAGGCUUUUCCAUUCAAUAAUGAACUUGAAGAAAGUGAUAAUUGACUCCGCUCAUAUUCUUAUCCUAAAGGAUAAAGGUGCUUAUAAUUAUGACACAUCAACUCCAUUCCUGAAAAUGGAUGAUGUUCAAUCUUCCCAAGAUUCUUUGCCACGUAAGACAGUUAUAAAGCUGACAUCACAACCAAGGUACCUUUUGAUAUAUAAUCCUACGGAACAAGAGCGAUUUUCAGUUGUUUCAGUCAAUGUGAAUUCACCCAGAGUUAAAAUAUUAUCUCCUUUGGGAAAACCUGUUAGUGUCCAGAUCAGUGCUGUUUGGGAUGGAGCAACUACAGUAUCACAUGAAGCAUAUCAGAUCUCUUUCGUGGCGCGUCUACCACCUCUGGGGCUUGGAGUUUACCAGCUUUUGGAGGUUCAGAGUUCAGAAGCAGUUUUAGCAGACUAUAAUAUAUACACAAGGAAUAGUAGGCAGGAGAAGCCGGACAGACUUUUCAAGAUAAAAGAGAUGCAGAAUUCUGUGGAUAAUAUCAUCUUAGAAAAUUCUUAUAUGAAACUGUGGUUUUCUGGAAUGUCUGGAUUACUUGAGAAAAUAAAUACCAAAGAAGAUGGUAAAAAUCAUCAAAUGAAGGUUGAGUUUUCUUGGUAUGGAACGACAAGUAACCGGGAUAAAAGUGGAGCUUAUCUCUUCUUACCAGAUGGAGACGCCAAGCCUUAUAUUUUCACAGAUCCACCUACCGUAAGAGUUGCUCAUGGAAAGAUUUUCUCAGAAGUUGUUUGUUUUUUCCACCACGUGACACACACCAUGCGACUGUAUAAAGUCCAGGGUUUGGAAGGCCAGUCUCUUGAAGUUUCCAAUAUUGUGGAUAUUAGAGGAGAAUAUAAUCGUGAGCUUGCCAUGAGAAUUUCAUCUGACAUAAACAGUCAAAAUAAAUUCUAUACUGAUCUUAAUGGAUAUCAGAUCCAGCCCAGACUGACGAUGAGCAAAUUACCUCUUCAAGCAAAUAUCUAUCCUAUGACUACAAUGGCUUAUAUCCAAGAUGUUGGCGUGCGUUUGACACUUCAUUCAGCUCAAUCUCUAGGUGUUGCAAGCUUGAAAAAUGGUCAGUUGGAAGUGAUCAUGGAUCGUCGUCUUAUGCAGGAUGACAACCGUGGCCUUGGACAAGGUGUCCAAGAUAACAAGAUUACAGCUAAUAUCUUCCGACUUCUGCUGGAAAGAAGACAUGGAACAGAUGUGAAUGAAGAGAAGGCAUCAGUCAGUUUUCCCUCACUUCUUAGCCAUAUGACUUCUUCUUUCUUAAAUCAUCCUGUAAUUCCAAUGACAACAUAUGCAGAUUCAGGUGUCCCAGAGAUGCUAAAUACUUUUUCUCCACUCGUGUCAUCUAUGCCUUGUGACAUGCAUAUAGUCAAUCUGAGGACAAUCCAAUCAAAGGUAGAUAUUGAGCCGUCUGAUGAAGCUGCUCUGAUUCUUCACAGAAAGGGAUUUGACUGCAGAUUUUCAAACAGAGACAUGGGUCUGCUCUGUUCCACUACUCAGGGAAAGAUAAAGGUGCAUAAACUCUUUAACAAAUUCAGAGUGGAAAGUCUUACACCCACAUCUUUAUCUUUGAUGCAUUCACCUCCGGAUGCCGGAAAUAUAAGUGAAAUAAAUAUGAAUUCUAUGGAGAUAAAUACGUUCCGGAUUCGGCUAAGAUGAAAUCUGGCUUUACUACUCAGAUAGAGAACAGGAAUCUGCAAAUAUAUCUCCUCUAAGUUUUACGUGCAAUAAGAAGCACAUUAUUAUUAUUCCAGCUUCUGGAUACUGUGACAAAAACAUGCAUUCUAUAAUUUUUUUGACCAACACAGUGAAAAGCCAUGUUGCAAGCAACUUUUUUGUUUGGGGGUUUUUAUUUUGUUUUGUUUUCAUAAAAUAGCAACAUCAGUAUAAGUUAAUGCAACAAGUGAAGAAAUUUCUAAGGAUGUUAACCUCUCAACAGAUUAUAUCUCAGGUUAAAUGCUAACUAAUGAUGUUUUCUGGUGUUUUAAUUUUCAUAAAGAGGGGAUUGGAUUUUAAACAGCCUUCUUUGCUGAUCCUUGAUGAAUUUAUGUACAAAUAAUUCAGUGUAGAAAGUCCUGAUGCAGCUUGGAAAUUAAAUGAAAUAAAAUGUUCUUGUGUAGUAGCUAAUGUCCAAAUAUUUACAAUCAUUUAUAUAAAUGACAAUAAUCUCAAUUUAUUCCACAAUUAAUUUCAAUUUAUUCAACAUAAAGGGGAUUAUUAAUUGUGGUAAAAUAAAAGCCUGCAGUACUUGUGAUAAGUGAUGGUAGAUUUUAAUACUUCUAUCCUUCACCUGAGUUAUGUAAAUAGGAAAACAUGAACCUACAAAAUAAUUUUGCAAUGGAAAUGUUUAAUAAAACUCCCAUUUUGUUACUUGACACACUGGGAUAUGUGCAAUUAUUCCAUUAUCAUGUAUGAUGAGAAAUGUCCAUAAUUAUCAUGAAUACAAGAUUUUUUAUAAAACUCAUUUAGAUACCGAUGUUCUCUGAAAUGAGUUUUCUAUUUCAAGAUUAUCAUAUCAAGAUAAAUGUGCCUUAUUUUUUGAUACGUCUUGUUACAAUUUUGGUGUCUAUGUUAAUGUUUUUGGGGGAAAGUUAGUUUAUAUAAUAAUUAAGCUGUGUAUCUCCUAUUUGACAAUGCUGGCCACACUCUGAUCUAUGUCCUCCUGCACCAAGUUUGUGCUAUCUUAUUCUGAACAUUUUGACUAUUUGAAUGUAUUAAAAUGAUGUCAUAACAUGAGACAGACAAAAAAAAGAAUUACUGUAAAAUCUAAAUUCAGCUGCUUUCAAGGAAAUUGCAACUUGAUGCAGAGUUGAUAGUAAGCAAGACAUAGUUUGCAAACCCAUCAAAAUAUGUGCUUGCAUGUCACAGAUUGUGGUGACCUGUUAAUUCAAAAUCAUGUGCCUAUAUUUUAAAUGACAUUUUUCAAACUUGCAACCUCACUUACAUUGCCAGUGCUCACGUUACUGAAAAAUGGAAUCUUUACUUUUUGCUUUGUUUUCACAUAUCAAGCAAUCCAUAUUUAGUGCUGAAGUUGUUCAAGUGUGAAAAGUAUUUCCCUAAGUAGAGCUGCUGUUUACAGUUUAUAUAUAUAAACAGGCACCUGAGUGUGAUCCCAUUUCCUAGUCUUCAUUUAUCUUCAUAACUCUUUCUUCUAUCCCUUGCUUAUGCUUUACUUUUCCAUACAUCAUUGCUUAUCUUUAAUACUAAUGCAUGAAAAGUCAUCAUAACUGUUAAAAAGAUAUGCUAUUUUCUAACUCUGAUAUUGCCUACUGUAUUUAAUUUCAUCAUUGUUGGUCCACAGUGUAUCAAAUUAUAUCAUGUAGCUACAGGCUAUCUUAAAAGAAAAUGAAUGUGAAACUUUGAUUUCAUGCAUUGUCACAGGUUGGAUCUCUGUUGAGAUUGUGUAGAUUUCCCUAAUUAAUUCAAGCUACUGUGUGUUUUGUAAUUAAUGGAAUACUUAGUAGGAUCUGGUGCAAGUUAUAUCAAGAAUAUAAGAACCACUAACCACAAAUGGAAGAAUCAGAUGGAUCCAAUAAAUGGAUGUUUUCAUGCAAUAAACAUGUACUGUAACUUUUCUUAGCUGUAGUAUUUGAAAAUCCUAUUUUUUGUUGGAACUUAAAGCUUGGUAGACCUGCCAGCAGAAUUUUCUCAUAACAUCUAUUUUGUUGCAUCUUCAAAAUUAAAAUGCUUCAGAGACUUUUAUGUGUUCUUUGCAAGAGAGCUUUCAAAAUACUAUUUCAGUUUUGUUAGGCAGAAGAAAGAAAAUUUUGAUGCAAUAAAGUUUUGAAGUAUUUUGCCUGUUGGAAUUACUUCCAAAAGAUGUUUCAUAUAACAUUCGAUCAUUUCUUUUAUCAUCAGUUGUACAAUCAUGAUGCCUGAAUCUUCCUUAACCAGCAGAUUUAAUCGUUGUUCCUUUAUUUUGCAUUUUUUUUGUGAACAACAGAACAGCCUUCAAUUUCUGAUCCUUUCCUGAAAUCCAUGACUAAGUCAAAACUCCAGUCACAGAAUCAUAGAAUGGUUUGGGUUGGAAGGGACCUUAAAGACCAUCUAGUUCCAACCCCCUGCCCUGGGCAGGGACACCUCCCACUAGACCAGGCUGCUCAAAGCCCCAUCCAGCCUGGCCUUGAACACUUCCAGGGAUGGGGCAUCCACAGCUUCCCUGGGCAACCUGUUCCAGUGCCUCACCACCCUCACAGUAAAGACUUUCUUCCUAAUAUCCAAUCUAAAUCUCCCCUCUUUCAGCUUGAAACCGUUACCCUGUGUCCUAUCAUUACACUUCCUGAUAAAGAGUCCCUCCCCAUCCUUCCUGUAGGCCCCAGUCAAAGUCUGAUAAUAAAUUUUACUUUAAUUGGUUCAGAAUGUGGCUGUCGAUGGGCUUGGUUGUUGUUUUGUUUUGUUUUUUCCUGACAACUCUUAAUGAAUUCUUACGCCGUAUUUUCUUUACAUUGGAUAUUUCAUUUAAGUUCUUGGGCUUUUUGUGCAUUAGCCAGCUAAUUUAAUCAUAUUAUUUUCUUUUUUUUCUAUUUUUAUAGCUGCUGGGUUUAUAACUACUGGUUAAGAGAACCAAGCAUCCUUACCUUACAAUAUGGUUUUAAAGACAAUGCUAUGUAAUAAAUGGUUUAAAACCUCGUAAUUACUUUUCAUACCAGAGUUGUACCUGUACUGAAUUUUUUUUACAUUUCUUUAUCUUAAAUGUCUUUGGUUGACUUGCUCAUAUUGUCUGAAACAAACUGAUUUCAACUGAAGGUUUUUGAUAUUUUCUCUUGGAAGGUUUUAUAUCUUAUGGGGAUAUGUAAAAUAAGAUCUCGAAUAAAAGAUAAUGUUAUUGUGA